AUGAUAUAUAUUAAGAUAGGUAUAGUAGGCAACAUAACAUGGAGGUGCUACGGGUGCAAAACAUAGCCACCAACUCCAAAGAUGGAGAUGCUGCCAUCCCCGCCAUGUUCCUCAGGCCAGAGACGGAGCAACCGGGCAUCACAACCGUCCAUGGGGUCAAUCUCGAGGUUCCCGUCAUCGAUUUCAGCGACCCUGAUGAAGCCAAAGUGGUGGCCCAGAUAGUGGAGGCAAGUAGGGUAUGGGGCAUGUUCCAAAUCGUCAACCACCAUAUACCAACCCAUGUCAUAAGCAAGUUGCAAAGUGUUGGCAAAGGGUUCUUUGAACUGCCACAAGAAGAGAAGGAGGUGUAUGCUAAGCCUCCAGGCUCUGAUUCCUUGGAAGGCUAUGGCACAAAGCUUCAGAAAGAGCUUAAUGGCAAGAAAGGCUGGGUCGAUCAUUUGUUCCACAUUAUAUGGCCACCUUCUUCCAUAAACUACCGUUUCUGGCCUAACAACCCCACUUCUUACAGGGAAGUGAAUGAGGAAUACUGCAUGUUCAUACGUGAGGUGGUAGAGAAACUGUUGAAAAGCAUGUCAAUAGGGCUGGGUCUUGAAGAAAAUGAGCUAAAGGAGGCUGCAAAUGGAGAUGAUGAGAUGCAUUACCUUCUAAAAAUCAACUAUUACCCACCUUGUCCAUGUCCUGAUCUGGUUCUGGGUGUGCCACCACACACAGACAUGUCCUACCUCACCAUUCUUGUCCCCAACGAGGUGCAGGGCCUUCAAGCCUUCAGAGAUGGUCACUGGUACGAUGUUAAGUAUGUCCCCAAUGCCCUCGUCAUUCACAUUGGUGACCAAAUGGAGAUACUGAGCAAUGGAGAAUAUAAGGCCGUUUUCCACAGAACAACAGUGAACAAAGAGAAGACAAGAAUGUCGUGGCCAGUGUUCAUAGAGCCCAAAGCAGACCACCAAGUUGGUCCUCACCCAAACCUUGUUAACGAAGCCAAUCCACCAAAAUAUAAGACCAAGAAGUACAAAGAUUAUGCUUACUGCAAGCUCAAUAAGAUUCCUCAGUGAAUCAACUCGCCACUACCCCAUAAUUAAUAUUGUCAAUGAUUUUUCUGUUUGCUUUUAUUUGUAUUUUAUCAAAUAAAUGUGUAGGUUGUGCGAAGUGGAUUAAGAUCUAUGCCUAAUGUUUGCUAUAUAUGUUUCUGACGUGAAUAAAGAUGACAGGAAGUUGCUUCUCCUGUUUUGUUACUAUUA